GCUCUUUCCUUUUCUGCAAGCCCGUGUUCGUGUCUCGGGUUACUCUUUGCUUCCUGGCUCACCGCUGUUCGCUUGGAUUUCUUUCGAAUAAGUCGGUCAGGAACAUUAAAACAUGGCAUUCAAGGACACUGGCAAGGCGCCUGUUGAGGCUGAGGUUGCGAUCCACCGCAUCAGAAUCACGCUGACCAGCCGCAAUGUGAAGUCUUUGGAGAAGGUGUGUGCUGACCUGAUCCGUGGUGCCAAGGAGAAGAACCUGAAAGUCAAGGGGCCUGUCCGCAUGCCAACCAAGACUCUGCGGAUCACAACUAGGAAGACUCCUUGUGGUGAAGGUUCCAAAACCUGGGAUCGUUUCCAAAUGCGUAUCCACAAGCGUCUCAUCGAUCUUCACAGCCCGUCCGAGAUUGUCAAGCAGAUCACCUCCAUCAGUAUUGAACCUGGUGUGGAGGUUGAGGUCACAAUUGCAGAUGCAUAAGGUUGUUUUGGAACUGUAAUAAAGUUUUAAAAUGAA